CGAUUAGGGUCACCUGAAAAGAGAUUUCGUAAGCUCUCUCCUGCGACAGGUUAUUGAUCCGCUCAUCCAUACCAAAGCCUCGUGCCGCGUUAAACGCUGUGCACGCCGGCGUUGCCUCUCUGUAAUCUCAUCGAUAAACUCCUGGAAUGAAGACAUGGAAUUGGAUGUGUGGGAUGCGAGAUCGGAGGAAAAGUUAAUGGCGAUAGACUGCCUUGAGAAAGAAAAAAAUGAUGUAGAUAACAGGCUGAGGUUAAAGUUGAGAAACUUGAACGGGGCUAGGGUAGGUAGGAAAGUGUACUUUGUUUCCCAAAGAGGAAAGAGCCACCAGUGGCUCGACUGUUCUUUCCAAUUUAAAGGCCCAACUGUUAUGCAUAUUAUGCUACCUAAGGCUAGCCUGUACUAUACACCAUAUUAUUUGAUUAUAACUUUGCCUCUCUUCACAGGCAGCUCUAUCGUCAUGUCUAUCGUGAGUCAUUAGUCGUACAGGGUACCCCUGCGAGCAUAUGGCGGUUCGUUUCUUCGUGCCUCCAAUUAGGCACCGAUAAAGCCCAACCUCUAGGAACAAAAGAUGUACUAAAGCAGAACGUGAAGCAAUAUCAAGUAAUAUAGAGAC